GCGGGAAGGAGGCGCGAUCAAAGCAGCAAGCACCACUGAUCUUGAAAUGGAAAUCAAUGUUCUUGGUGGGAGAGAGCUCAAGGACACCGAAUGGUUUGGCACGCAGGACCCGUAUGUGAUUUUACAGUAUGGAUCCCAAAAGUUCACAACAAAAACUUGCAAAGAUGGUGGUGAGAAUCCUGUGUUCAACGACAACUUCACGCCCUCCCUGAUCGAGGGUGUUCGAGAGAUGAGUGUGGAGGUUUGGAACGAGAACUCGAUGAGAUCCGAUCAGUGUAUUGGCGCAGGAAAGGUGCUCCUCGACAAAGUCUUAGCUUCCGGCUAUGAUGAUCGAAGCUGGCCACUCAAAACAAAGAGGGGAAAGGACGCUGGGAAAGUGAGGCUGAUUUUGCACUGCGACACUACAGUUGGGAUUUAUCCUCCUCAAGGUGGCAAUGCUCCAGCAGCUCAAUGCGAGAGUGGAGAGCCAGAAACAUCAGAGAAGACCUCUUCAGCAUCAGGGAUUGGGAGCGCGAUCAAGAAAUUGGUUGGAGGCCACAGGCAAGGAGAACAAAAGCAAGAGGGAGGACAUGAACAAAAUGAAGAGCACAAAGCAGAAGAAGUAGAAGGAGCGGAAGAAGGAGGAGGAGAAGAAGAAGAAGACGAAGAAGAGUCUGAGUCGGAGGAGGAGGAGGAAGAUGAUGAGUGAUGAUCAGCCAUAAAAAUCGUAAGUUGGGAUUUCCAUUUGCUUGCGAUUGAGUUUGCUUGAAAGGUUUUA